AUGCCGAAGAAGGGCUUCUCUUCAAUGUAUCAACAUCAAGAUGAGCAGAUGGAAUGGGGUCCCACUGAGGAGGACCCAUUUGGGAGGUCAGCUUAUAGUCCUGAUGCACCUGUCCCCCAGUCGGCCACUUCGUACGGCAGCUCCUUGGAGCCCUCGCUGACUAUCGGUGGUCACACAUACUCAAGCAGAUGUGAAAAUGCAGAUUCAGGCAUUGUGGAGAAGAACCAGCUGAAUAUUGAGGCGAUCGAGCAGGGGAAGGACAUGCGGACGACGGUGAUGAUCAAGAACAUGCUGAACAAGAUGAGCAACAAGGAAUUGAAGGCAUUCAUCGAAAAAGUGUGCCCGUGGUGGAUCGACUUUUCGUACUUGCAGAUGGACUUCAAGAAUGGUGAGUCGGCUUUGCUGGUGUGA